GCGUCAACGCCCAGCGCAUGCGCGCUGACAGCGGCCUGGUCGUCGUUUGCGGCGGCGGCUGAGGACCCCGGCGGCGGCCCGAGCACCGGAUCGGCCCGCCCGUCGCCUCCCGGCCUCGGCUCUCCUCAGCUCGGCACGCUGCGGCUCCUCCUCAGUCCUCUCGAUCCCUCGCAGCCCGGCCCCGGCCGCCCGCCUCCGCCGCAGCAAUGAUGAUGAUGGCGCUGAGCAAGACCUUCGGGCAGAAGCCCGUCAAGUUCCAGCUGGAGGACGACGGCGAGUUCUACAUGAUCGGCUCUGAGGUGGGAAACUACCUCCGUAUGUUCCGAGGUUCUCUGUACAAGAGAUACCCCUCGCUCUGGAGGCGACUAGCCACUGUGGAAGAGAGGAAGAAAAUAGUUGCAUCGUCACAUGGUAAAAAAACAAAACCUAACACUAAGGAUCACGGGUACACGACCCUGGCCACCAGCGUGACGCUGUUAAAAGCCUCAGAGGUGGAAGAGAUUCUGGACGGCAACGACGAGAAGUACAAGGCGGUGUCCAUCAGCACGGAGCCGCCCACCUACCUCAGGGAACAGAAAGCCAAGAGGAACAGCCAGUGGGUGCCCACCCUGCCCAACAGCUCCCACCAUCUGGACGCUGUGCCCUGCUCCACGACCAUCAACAGGAACCGCAUGGGCCGGGACAAGAAGAGAACCUUCCCUCUGUGCUUUGAUGACCACGACCCAGCUGUGAUCCAUGAGAACGCAUCCCAGCCUGAGGUGCUGGUCCCCAUCCGGCUGGACAUGGAGAUCGACGGGCAGAAGCUUCGAGAUGCCUUUACUUGGAACAUGAAUGAGAAGCUGAUGACCCCUGAGAUGUUUUCAGAAAUCCUCUGUGAUGACCUGGAUUUGAACCCACUGACAUUUGUCCCAGCCAUCGCCUCUGCCAUCAGACAGCAGAUAGAGUCCUAUCCCACGGACAGCAUCCUGGAGGACCAGUCAGACCAGCGUGUCAUCAUUAAGCUGAACAUCCACGUGGGAAACAUUUCGCUGGUGGACCAGUUUGAGUGGGACAUGUCAGAGAAGGAGAACUCACCAGAGAAAUUUGCCCUGAAGCUGUGCUCAGAGCUGGGGCUGGGCGGGGAGUUCGUCACCACCAUUGCAUACAGCAUCCGGGGACAGCUGAGCUGGCAUCAGAAGACCUAUGCCUUCAGUGAGAACCCCCUACCCACGGUGGAGAUUGCCAUCCGGAACACAGGUGACGCUGACCAGUGGUGCCCGCUGUUGGAGACUCUGACAGAUGCCGAGAUGGAAAAGAAGAUCCGCGACCAGGACAGGAACACAAGGCGAAUGAGGCGUCUUGCCAACACUGCCCCAGCCUGGUAACCAGCCCAUCGGUGCAUGGCUCCCACGGAGCGUUCAGAAGAUCGGACCGCCUCUCCUUCAUCUUCUGGCAAGGAGGGCGGCCAAGGGGGCAGGCCGGGGCUAUUCUGAGGAGCAUGGGGUGUGGGGAGGGCUUCCGCUCACUCUUCCCUGGGCACACAUUCCAUUUGUUGAGCCCCAGUCCCCACCCAAGUCUCUGGUCAGAGAGAGGCCUCCUUUUUGGGUUGUGUUUUGUUUUUGUAUAGGAGCCCCAGGUAGGGCUAGCAACGCUUUUUAAAUAAAGACAACAGGUCAUGUUCCAUUUUUUCAAAGUGGUAGCAUAAAAAUAAG